AUGUUUCUGGUCAACACAUUAUUUUCGUUCCUUCUGUUUGCAUACGCCCAUUGUCAAGAUGCCAACUGCAAUUUCCAACAAACGAUAACAACGACCAGUCAGACGUUCUACGCGUAUAGCCCCAACUACCCUUACAACUACGUGGGCGGCGUGCAGUGCCGCUGGAUCUUUGACUGCCCCGUCGGCUUCAACUGCAAAGCGGACUGCACGAUAUCCUUGCCGUCGUCGUCGUCGUGCUUGUUGGACCGUGUGCUGAUAUCGAAGAAUGGUGACAGCCAACUGACCAAUGCGGACUACUACUGCGGCAGCGGCUCCGUCACUGCUGUCUCCACCGGGCAGCGUCUUACUAUCGGUCUUAUUACAUCCCAGUCGAGUCCAGGAGGCAGAUUCAUAUGCACCGUGACCGCCCAGGCCGCCGCCAAUAACUCGACCUGUAGCUGUGGAUACAAGAAGACGAACCGCAUCGUGAACGGCCAAGAAACCGGCGUAAACGAGUACCCCAUGAUGGCGGGUGUCGUGGACCGCUCUUCCGGCGCCGUCAUCAAGUGCGGCGCCACCAUCAUCUCCCCCUCCUACCUCGUUACUGCGGCGCAUUGCGUCGUCAACAAGAGCCCCAAUGAUAUCGGCGUCAUCGUCGGCGAACAUAACACUAGCACUGGGACUGAAACGACUGCUACACAAGGGUUCCUAGUCAAGACCAUUACAAUUCAUCCACAAUUUACGCAAUCCAACUACGACUACGACAUAGCGAUUUUGGCCAUCAACGGCCAAAUGACUUUCAGUGACGCCGUAGGUCCCGUCUGUUUGCCUUUCAAGUUUGUCAACACCGACUUGUCCGGAACCAAAGCCACUUUAUUAGGUUGGGGCACCACGCAGAUAGGGGGCGAGCUGUCCACCGUGCUGCGGAAGGUGGACGUGGACGUGAUCAGCCAGUCGGCGUGCCAGCGUAACGUCGCCACGCUCACGCCGAGACAGAUCUGCACGUAUACGCUGGGGAAGGACUCCUGCCAGAACGACUCCGGCGGCCCCGCGCUCCGCACGGACCCGGCCACUGGGCUGCUGUUCAACAUCGGCAUCAUCAGCUACGGCACGUUCUGCGCGACGGCGGGCAACCCCAGCAUCAACACGCGCGUCACGACGCUGCUAGACUGGAUUGUCGCCAACGCGCCCGCCAACUACUGCAGGAAAUAAAUUGAUUGACAAGUAA